UUGUUAACUCUUUGGAAACAAAGAAAUUAGUCUUCCCCCCAUUAGCCUGUGAGCUUCGGUAAUGAAGUUAGUAUGUCUUAAAUCAUCUCUACAGUCAUUUUAUUUUAAAUGUUUGUUGAACACAUCCAAAAUGAAUUAAUAAUGUCGUGCCCUGAAGACAUGAACGGAUCUCCACAAGCAAGAUGUCAAGGCUCCUUGCAGACUAAUCUUAGUCUCACUCACUCUCCCAAGGUCCUGGUCGGAUUCGGGACAUGGCGAAGGUGCGGUGGGCGGUUACCAAGGGGUGCUGGGGGCGUGGCCCCGCAGCCUCGCUCCGCCCCUGGCGCGCUUACUCUCCUCGUUGGCUCCGCCAGCAAGGAGAGAGGGCGUGGCCUCGGAGCCUCCUCCAUUCUGGGGUCGAGCCGGAGGGAUGUUGCCUGCUCAGGAGGAAGCCAACAGGACGGUGUUUGUGGGAAAUUUGGAGGCUCGAGUGCGGGAAGAGAUUCUUUACGAGCUGUUCCUUCAGUUUCUUGCAGGCUGGGCCAUUAACCAAAGUGACUAUAUGCAAAGACAGAGAGGGAAAGCCGAAAUCCUUUGGAUUUGUCUGCUUUAAACACCCAGAAUCGGUGUCUUAUGCCAUAGCUCUGCUGAAUGGAAUUCGUUUAUAUGGAAGACCAAUUAAUGUGCAGUAUCGAUUUGGGAGCUCUCGCUCUUGUGAACCUGCUAACCAAGGUUUUGAAAGCUGUGUUAAGAUAAAUUCACACAGCUACAGAAAUGAAGAAGCCAUGGGCAGAUCUUCCUUUUCCAUGCAGUUCUCUCCAAUUAAUAAUGCAUCUUUAUCUCAAGAAUAUUUUCUCUUUCAGAAGAUGGUGAAUAUGUGUGGGUUUUUCCCACAGCAGUGGCCUAUGUAUAACCCAGCACUGCAGCUCCCUUACUAUGAGAUGACAGCACCGCUUCCUAAUAGCACUUCUGCACCUUCCUCACUGAAUCACGUUUCAGAUCUGGAGGCUGGGCCCAGCUCUUACGAAUGGACUCACCAGCAGCCAAGUGACUCAGACCUUUAUCAGACGAAUAAACGAAAGAGGCAGAAACAAAGCAGUGAUAGCGAUAGUAGCACAGAAAACAGUAGAGGAAAUGAAUAUAGCCCAAAAUUCCAAAAGUGUAAGAAAAAAAGAUACUAGUAUUUCCAUUCAAAUGAAAUGUAUCUCUACUAGUCUUCAUUCUCUUAAAAGAAAAAUCUGUAUUCUACUAAAGGACCAAUUCUGUGGCUUUCUUGUCUUCUUUGAAAUAUAUAACAAUAUAUCUGAUUUGUAUUUAAUUUUUGUCUUGAAUGACAAAAAUCUUAAAAACAAUAUAAUGUGCUUUUUGUAAUUGUAAUGGUAUUGUUAACAAGAAAUACACUCUGAGUUGUUAUGUUUUAGUAUCAAUGAUGAACUUAGACUAAACCAUUAAUCAAAAGUCAUUUACUGGGCACUCAUGGAGAAUGUACCAUGAUCUCCUACAUUGUUGCUUAUAACCCUCAGCUGAAGUUAGAAGUGGAAUGGUCAGUUUUCUGAAUGAAACUAAUACAAAUCUUCGAGUUGUAUGUUUUUCCUAAGAAGAGAGAAUAAGCAGAGUUUAGUUUCCUUUAUUACUAAUACUUUAUGUCUAAAUACCUUGUCUCAGCCUUACUCUCAUACAUACUUACUUCAUAAAACAAGGAUAUACAACAGUGAUACCAAAGGAAAGAUGAUUAUCAUGUGGCUAGCUUUUGGUUCCUUCCCUUUUCAUAUGAUUAUAUAUAAAUAGGAAUACAUGCCUCUUAACUUCCUACUUAUUAAUUGUAUUUUAUAAAAAGUAGUUGGCUAUGUCAGUAUUUAUUGUCCACCUCUUUUGCCAUCCAGAUUGGAGAGCAUAUAUUGGACACAUUUAGAUCUUGAUAAUGAACAAUAAUUUCAAUAGAAAAUUUCACUAUUGUAUGAUAUUUAAUGUUUAUCGUAAAAUCAGCUUUCCUAUUUCUGGACCAUUUAUUUGCAGGGAUAAACAGACUACAUGUAAAAUUAAUGAUUUAUUUGGACAAUCUUGUUAACUUUGUAGCUUACCAUAAACUAGAAUGCUGAAAAUAUUCAUUUAUUGAAUCCAGUUGAAAGGAUCACACAGCUUCAUUAGGAGCUAACCACCCAAUUUUAACCAUUCUUUGAUAUUUCUUUUGUGUAUUGCAUAGCACCUUAUAGAUAUUUAUUAUUACUUAAUAAAAUAUUUUUAGCAAAGUUAGUAGCUGAAUUUAACUUCUGGUUAUGAUUAUACAAUACCGUCAUGUUUUAAAUGUAAAUAUUAGUCUGUUUUGAUCUGACAAAUGAGGAAAUGUAAAUUCUGCUUAAUGUAGCUUGAUUUAUAUAACUUCAUAUUGCUGAA